AUGUUCUCACCAUAUAGACGGCUCCGAGUCUGGCCUGAACAGCCGCUUCCGCUGAGAAGUAGAGUGUUUCGUCCAAACCAGAUAAUUUACAAUUUUAUUCUUAUACUCUUGACGAUCGCCUGUUUCGUCUUCGCGGGUCUUCUCGGUCGCUGCGAUGGCAUGCUAAGCGAUGCCGACCUUGUUCAGAAGAUGGUAGAGGCAUCCCGCUAUGGCCCUACAAUAUUUCCUGUAGUCUAUGCCCUUGUCGUGGGCGGUGCUUUGCGUUCCCUAGCACUAUGGAGGUUACAAGACGGGGAGAAAGUCAGUUUUCUGGACCUCCUCCUAGGAAGUACCUCCGUGGGCGGUAUGAUCGGAACACAGCUUGAGCGACGACUUACACAAUUUGAUAUCCCUAGCUUAUGCCUCUUAUUCAUAUGGGCUCUGUCCCCCCUUGGAGGUCAAGCCUCGUUUAGGAUCAUCACAUUUCGAGAUAUACAAAUACCAUAUAAUCUCACACUUAGUUUUUUGGACUUUUCCAAUGCUAGCUCUCCUAAUUCCUUAUCCUCGGUAGAUAUUACAAAUCUUCUUGACGUCAUCGACUCAUCCUUCGUAUCGUCUCUCGUUUCUCCCACAUCGAUUAGCCAAUCUCCUAUGGAUCCUUGGGGUAACAUAAAGAUUCCAUUUAUCGAGAAUUUGCCCGGAUACGACUUAGCAGGCGAAGACAAAUGGAUCCCAUUUGCAGGGUACUCGGAAGCUACUCCAUACUCGUCUCUCGUUGGUAUACCAAUAGCGAAUAUACCAAAGAUUGGCAAUACCGAGUUUACCGUGGAAGCUUCUUAUUGGAAUUUCCGCUGUCCCGAUUUUGGAUCUCCUGAGCACUAUAAUGACGACUACUGGUACGAGACGAUAAACAAUGCUACUGCAGGUUGCACUCUCUCGAAUUUACAGUGGAUUCAUGGAGAGACGAAACAAAACACUUUACUAUCUAAAGCAAUAAAGGUGAUAAAUUGGAUGCCGCAACGCUGUCGCUAUGACCCCGAGAACCCGCCAAAUUUCACCCUUGCGCUCAACAUGUUAUUCGCUUUCAGCGGAACAUUCACCGUUGCGAACCUCUACUAUGCGCAACCAAUCUUGAACGUCUUAGCUAGGGACUUCAAUGUGAGCUACGAGCGCGCCUCUGACGUCGCUACGUUGUCGCAAGCGGGAUAUGCUGUGGGCUUGCUUUUUCUGUGCCCCUUGGCGGAUAUGGUUCCGCGGCGACCGUUUAUUCUUUUCCUUAUAUGGGUGACCGCAACUAUUUGGAUUGGGUUAUGCCUUACGAAUAAUUUCGAAGUAUUCAUUAGCUUGUCGUUUCUGUGCGGAGUUGGAACAGUCACACCGCAGCUCAUGCUACCGCUUGUUGGCGACUUAGCACCAGCUCAUCGCCGUGCCAGUUCUCUUUCAGUAGUAGUAUCGGGAUUAGCACUAGGAUUACUGAUCGCGAGGGUCCUGUCAGGUAUAGUAGCAAACUUCACAUCGUGGAGAAACAUCUACUGGAUAGCAUUCGGUGCACAAUAUUUGACUUUAGUGUUGCUUUAUUUCUUUCUCCCUGAUUAUCCUGCGAAGAACAAGGGUCUCAACUACUUUAAGGUCCUCUGGGGAAUGGCUGUCAUGGUCGUAACGGAGCCACUCCUCACACAGGCGUGUAUUAUUGGGUUUCUCCUCAGCGCCGCCUUUACCUCCUUUUGGACAACUCUGACUUUCCUUCUCGCAUCACCACCGUAUGAGUACUCUUCUCUCGAAAUAGGAUGUUUUGCCUUUAUUGGGAUCGUGGUUGUCGCACUUGCUCCGGUCUGGUCUCGUCUUAUUACAGAUCGCUUCGAGUUCCUCUUUUCGGUCGUUCUUGGUCUUAGUUUCGAAUUUAUUGGCAUUGUGAUAUCGACCUUUAUCGGCAGCUUCACGGUUGCGGGGCCUAUUAUCCAUGCCAUCAUGAUGGACUCGGGUGCAAAUUUCACGCACACUGCUAAUCGCAGUAAUAUUUAUAGCCUCGACCCGAAGGCGAGGAAUCGUGUGAAUACGGUAUAUAUGGUUUUCUCCUUUGGUGGGCAAAUCAUGGGUACAGCUGUUGGAAAUAGACUGUACGCUCAGGGGGGUUGGGUUUGGAGUAGUGGCUCCAAUAUCGCUUUUAUCGGCGUAGCUAUUAUCGUCGGUAUAAUUCGUGGUCCAAGGGAAACCGGCUGGGUAGGAUGGUCUAAUGGUUGGAGUAUAAAGAGAGAUGAUAUUCCAAAGAGAGGAACAGCGGGUUCCGCUGAUACUGAUAUUGAGGAAGCUUCAUCGCCAUCGGAACAGCCGGUGGAGAGCUCAAUGGGUGAAGCCGUCCUACGGAAUCCGAGAUAA